AUGUCACCCGCCAAGCCAGCCAGCCCGAUAGAAGUGGAGGAUGCUUCGAAAGAGAAAAGCCUGGAGGCUGCCCCUAGCCUAGAGGAGAGUUAUAUGGAAAGCGGGCUGAGUCGUGAGGAUGCGCUUUUUCUUGCGAGCUUUUCGGAUGAGCGGAGGAAGAAGUGCGUUCGCAAGAUUGAUUGGCGCCUGUGCCCUAUGCUCAUGAUACUCUACCUUUGUGCCUAUAUCGACCGAGCAAAUAUUGGAAAUGCCAAAAUCGAAGGCUUGCUAGAGAGUCUGGACAUGUCAGGCGCCGACUAUAAUAUCGCGCUGGCAAUCUUCUUCGUGCCAUAUGUACUAUUCGAGGUCCCAAGCAAUAUCCUUCUUGCCAGGUUCAAGAAACCAUCCGUUUACCUAUCCAUUUUGGUACUGGGAUGGGGCACUGUCAUGACAUUGACGGGUGUGGUGCAGAACUUUUCCAGUCUCUGCGCAGUUCGUUUUCUUCUCGGAGUCUUCGAAGCAGGAUUCUUCCCAGGCGCGGUCUGGCUGAUCAGCCAAUGGUAUCUACCACACGAGACGCAAACCCGCAUCGCAAUCUUCUAUACCGCAAGCGCACUCGCAGGUGCAUUCUCCGGACUCCUCGCCUUCGGUCUCGCCAAGAUGAACGGCGUCGGCGGCUACGCCGGGUGGAGAUGGAUCUUUAUCAUCGAAGGCGCCGCCAGCGUACUACUAGCAGGUCUCUGCUACUUCUGCCUCGUGGAUUCUCCUCAGCUAUCCAGCAGAUGGCUAGACCCUGAAGAAAUCCGCUUCCUGCAGCUGCGGAAGCAAGCACAAAGAGGACGUGUAGUGGUCGAUGAAAAAGCGAACAAAUUCGACUGGAAAACGUUAUUUAAAGUUGUUACUGACUGGCACUUAUACCUGCAAGUCCUGAAUUUCUGGUCUAAUGCUAUACCAAACUAUGGAUUGAAGUUUACAUUGCCGCAGAUCAUCAAGAAUAUGGGAUAUACCUCUGCAAAUGCUCAAUUACUGUCAAUCCCGCCUUAUAUUGCAGGGGCACUGUCUGCGUACCUGUUUGGCCUCGCUGCAGAUAAACUACGCUGGCGCAUGCCUAUUAUCGUCACCGGCCAGACAUUCAGUAUUAUUGGAUUCGCUAUCUUAUUUGCCCUCGCGGAGAAUAUCGAGAGUAACAUCCCGGCAUGCUAUUUCGGCGUUGUCCUCGCCUGCAUCGGGCUCUACCCGAUCCUCCCGGGUACAAAUGCGUGGACGUCUAAUAAUCUAGCAGGAGCGCGGAAGCAUGCCAUGGGCAUCGCCUUUAUGAUUAGUAUAGGAAAUACGGGUGGUCUCGUUGGCUCAUUCAUCUAUCUUGAAAAGGAAGCGCCGAAAUACCCUACUGGGUUUGGAAGCUCACUUGGAUUCGCUGCUGCGGGCAUCGCUGCCAGUACGGUUCUGGAACUUCGGUUCUGGUAUGUGAAUAGACGGAAUGCGAGGAUUGGCAGGGAUCAAAUCCAGCAGAUGUAUAGCGCGGAGGAGUUGCAGGUGAUGGGAGAUCGGUCGCCGUUGUUUAAGUAUAUGCUUUGA